UUGGGAGGACCUCACCCAGCCCAGACAGUCCACAGGCCUAAGGGAGGAGCAGGGACACGAGGCCACAGGCAGGGAGCAGCUGGAAGGGAAGUGGAGCAGCUGGGACACGAAUCAGCAUCCAAAUGGAAUCCUGGCGCUUAGAGGUGGAGGAUUACCCAAUUGAGCCAUUGCAUCGGGCUCUGGAUGGAGCCCUUGUGCCUGUCCUGGCAGCCCUGGGAAGCUUUUGAAAGUUUACAGAUGGAAAAAGAACAGGAGCAGGAUUUGAAAAAAGGGACCAGAAGCAGCGGAAGGCUCCUGGGCGGCGCUGGCACCGAGACGAUUGGUCCGAGCGCUGCGCGGAAUCCGUGAACUGCCCGCGGCCCCCUAGGGUGCAGCUCCAGGACUUGAGUGGUGCUUUUUUAUCCCAUGGAGGCUUCCUCCAGCCCGUGGAGUCCAACCCCAGCUCCCGUCGGCAGCCCCGCCUUGCUGCUUCCCAUCCCCGCCAUUGUCUUCAUCGCUGUGGGCAUCUAUUUGUUGUUCUUGGGCCUGGCGCUGCUCACUAGGCGCUGCCUGCUGGCCCAGGGCCGCUGCGCGGACUGCAGCUCCCCCUGCAGGAAGCAGAGCACCUCAGAGCGCCAGGACUGUUGCUGGACCUGCGCUGAAGCUUGUGACUUCCCUCUGCCCCGCCCCGCCCACCUCCUGGAUGCCUGCUGCCCCCAGCCCAGUGAAACUGGUUGGGCUCCUCGCUGCCCCAGCUGCUGCCCGCUCUGUGACUGCGCCUGUGCUUGCCAACUGCCCGACUGCCAGAGCCUCAACUGUCUCUGCUUUGAGAUCAAGCUGCGAUGAGUCUCUGACCAGGAGCUUACCCUCUGGGGAGUGGCCGGCCCCCAGGGCUCACCUGCCCCCCUUGCUGAGGAACCUCAGUACCCCUUUCUCCAGCACCCUUCCCCACCCCACGGACACACAAAUGGCUGGCCCAGCUCGGUGGCCUGGGACCUGCCAGUGGAGGGCCUGGUU